AUGACUGAACCUCCAGAUUCUAAGCAUAUCAGCAAUGGCAGCAGUAAUGGUAGCAGUGGCAAUGGCAGUAACAACAACAGCAACAACAGCAGCAGCAACAACACCAACACCAACAGCAAACCAGUCGAGCCAUCGCUACUCGACCCCCUAGAUCAGACAGACUAUGACCCCGUCACCCAUCUCUCCGAGAUCUUUGCCGCGCCCGAGACCUUCUCCGCCGUGCCGCAGGUGCGCAAGAGUCUGCGGUCCUACUCGCGCGGCCUGGACGACAAGAUCGAAGAGCUGCUCGCGGCGCAGACGGCGGCCGAGCCGAGCGUGCAGCGCGUCGCGCAAGCCCACACGGAGCUCUCGGAGAUCUUUGAGCAUAUCGAGACUGUGCGCAAGCGCGCGGUCGUGGCCGAGGACGUAAUCACCGAGAUGACGGCCGAUAUCCGCAAGCUGGAUGAGACGAAGCGGAAUCUGACUGCGUCGAUGACGAUGCUGAAACGGCUGCAGAUGCUCACGACCGCGUACGAGCAGCUUGGCCUGAUGGUCAAGAACCGGGAAUACAAAGACGCCGCGCAAUUGCUAGAGGCGGUCACCGAGCUCGUCGGAUACUUCAAGUCGUAUCGAUCGAUCACCCAGAUUGCAAACCUGAGCAAGAACGUCGCGAGUCUGCAGUACAACAUCGCAGAGCAGGUCUCGGCUGACUUUGAGAUGGCUGUCGACGGUCGGAAACCGGAGUUUAUGGGCGACCGCUCGACGGUCUUGCAGGAGGCUUGCGCGCUCAUUGACGCGCUCGGUGAGUCCUAUCGCCAGAGACAGAUUACCUGGUACUGCAACGUGCAACUCCGCGAAUAUCGAAAUAUUUUCCGCGGAAGCGAGGAGGCUGGAUCACUGGACAACAUCUCUCGUCGCUACUCAUAUCUCAAGCGCAUGCUGAAAAGCCUCGAACCCCAAAUCCACCAAAUCUUCCCCCCGCACUGGCUAGUCGCCGAGGCGCUGUGCCGGUCGUUUUGCGAAAUCACCAGGGAGGACUACAAAGUUCAUCUGUCGCAGAGCGGGCGUUCGCUCAACGUCGAUCUGCUCCUGCAGGCGCUGGAGGAGACUAUGGAGUUUGAGCAGUUUUUGGAGAAGAGGUUUAGCCAGGCGCGGUCGUCGAUCGAUAGCUCGGAGGCGUCUACUGCUGCCGCGGACAAAACGUCGUCGGUGUUUGGCCGCUCGAUAUCUGAAGUGUUUGAGCCCUACUUGGGUCUAUGGGUAGAAUCCCAGGACCGGAAACUGUCGGCGCUGGUAUCGCAGUACAGCAAUCAGAUGAUCGUCCCCCCGUCAGCCGAUGACGACUCGCCGCAGCAGGUGCUCCCGUCCUCGGUCGAUCUGUUCCUGUCCUACCGCAAGCUUCUCGCGCAGUCGGCCAAGAUCUCGACCGGCGUGCAACUUUUAAACCUGGCAAAGAUAUUCGCAAAGUAUCUGCAGCAGUACGCCGACCGCGCGCUGUCGGCCCACGUGCAGGAGCGCGCGGCGACGGAGAACGAUGUCCAGCUCGCAUGCCUGAUCAUGUCGACUGCAAACUACUGCCACACGACCGCCGACCAACUCGAGCAACGGAUCCAGGACGUGAUUGACGAGGAGUACAAGUCCCAAGUCAACUUUGACCGGGAAAAGGACGCGUUCAUGACGGUGACCAACAACGCCGUGCAGAGCCUCGUCCGCAAGGUCGAGGCCGAGAGCAAAAACGCCUGGCGCGAGAUGCUAAACACAAACUGGGGUAAACUCCACAGCGUCGGCGACCAGAGCGCGUACGUGACCGAGCUCAUCAAGAUAAUUGAGUCGAACGUGCGCUUGGUCAUAAAGCACUCGCCCAAGGAGAUGUUUGUCCGCUCGUUUUGCGACCGCGUGCUCGAAAUGACCGUCAGCACGUUCCUGCCCAACAUCGCGCGCUGCAAACCGCUCACCGAACUCGUCUCCGAACAGCUCCUGCUGGAUUGCUACGUGCUCAAAAAGAGCUUCUCGCGACUUCCUGUCAUCGACGCGCCGCCUGACGUUCAGGCUUCGGCUUCCUAUCUUAAUCUGGUAGCUAGGGUCAUGUCGAGGCUCGAGUCGGUGCUCAAAGCUGUGCUCACUAACGAGUCUGAUGAUUUGCCGGAUAACUUGAAGAUCUAUCUGCCGUCGACGAAUAUCGUCAAACGGGCGUUCAACAAUGAAAAGUUUAGAUGGCGGACAGAGUAG